AUGGGCUCGCUGCCGCGGUACACCUCGCACGUAGCGGUGUGGACGUGCAGGUGCCGGGGCCGCCGACCAGAUCGGCGGAGGCACCCGCUCCGGUCCGAUCGACGCCGCGGGUUGAUUCACGAUCACUGCUCGGCAUUUCACCCGAUGGGUAUCGGCUCGCCGUACCUGUCCAAGCUGGACCUCGAGCGAUACGGGCUGAUCUGGAGAUGGGCAGAGGUGGACUGCGCGCAUCCGCUCGACAACGGGGACGCCGGUGUUCUGUACCGCUCGCUGGAGCAGACGGCGGCGGGACUCGGCGCGGACGGACCUCGAUGGCAACGGAUGUUCGGUGACUUGUCGACGGGAUUCGAUGCAUUGGCGUCCGACCUGAUGCGCCCGAUCGUCAAUGUCCCGCGGCAUCCGCUGCGGCUCGCAGGUUUCGGUCCGCGAGCGCUGCUUCCGGCAACCGUGACCGCGAAGUUGUGGAAGACCGACAGAAGGAAGGCGCUGUUCGGCGGGGUUGCCGCGCACGCCUUCUAUCCACUCAACCGUCCGGCCACCUCGGCGGUGGGAUUGAUGAUCACUGCUGCUGGUCACCGCUACGGUUGGCCGGUUGCCGAGGGAGGUUCGCGUUCGAUCACCGACGCCAUGUCCGCGAUGCUCCCUCGAUCACGGCGGCAAGAUCGACACCGGCAUUCAGGUUCGCACUGGCCUCCGAGAUUCCGGACGCCGAUGUUGUUCUGCUGGAUGUCAAUCCGGGGUGCGCUCGAAAUACUGGGCGAUCGACUCCCUGGCCGAGUGGCGAGAGCCUAUCGAAAGUUCAAGCAGGCCCCGGAGCGUUCAAGGUCGAUUUUGCGAUCGAAGGUCAUGUGCCGUGGACCAAUCCGGAUUGCGCUCGGGCCGGAACUGUCCAUCUGGCAGGUGGUUUCGACGAAAUCGUGGCCGCUGAGCCAAUACCUGGCUGAUUCACCCGAUCCGCCGGGAACGCUCAUCCGCUGUACGCCUAUGCGCACGUGCUACACGGAUAUGCCGGCGACGCUACGGAGGCGAUCAUUCAUCGUCGCGACAACGAGCAGUGGUACAGCUGACCUGGCACAAGACAAUCCGAAUCAGGUGGGCGGCGACAUCAUCGGAGGUGCCAACACCGAACUGCAGCACGGGAUCGCGGGCACUUACCUGUGCUCGGCCUCGACCCCGCCGGGUGCCGGAGCACAUGGAAUGUGCGGGUACAACGCGGCCGAAUCGGCUCUGAAGUACCUGCGACGAAAGGGUGCGGAAGUUCUG